AACACGUAAACAACAAAGCUGUGAUUAUUUUUGAAAGCUUGGUGUCGGUGACUGUGCCUGUUAAAGGCCUUACAUCGACUGGAUAAACGGACCGGGGCACAUUAUGGCUUUCUUCGGCUUGACGCAUCUGGGCUAUCAAAACCCAAUAGGCGAUAAGAUGAUCGUAAAUCCCCGGGGAGAGCCUCAAGAUUGGUGCAUAGACUACAAAGUAAGAUUGCCUCCAUCGUUUCAAGAACAACAGGGAAACCUCAGAUAUGAAGACAAGUACAAAGUUCUACGCCAGCCUUCUUCGUACAGCGUUCACGAGCAUCACGGGAGCCGUAAGCGACACCAAGAAAUGGUCAAACGGGCUCAAACCUCCAGAUCUCCCAACCAGUUGUACAUAAUGCCUCUGACAGACAACCAGCAGUAUGGAUGGAUGUUAUCCAAGAGUUCUGAACCAUGGACCCGAGUCAGACGGUUUCCCCGAAAAACCAGUGAGGUGACAAAGUUUGUCAAUGAUAUGUCCAUGACAGACAAAGAGUUCAGCCUGUUCUGAUUGUCGUCAUAUCAACAGAAGUCUGCACACACGUCCUCCUACAUAUCAGUGUUGUAAUGAAAAUAAAAAU